AGGAUGAUGAGGAUGAUGAUGGUGAUGAUGAUGCGGUAAAUCAAGUGAGUUUACUGCUGCAAAUUUGGGUUUUCCUGACAUGAUAGUCUGUGUAUAAGGUUAACUUCACUGUGUUGCUGCGUAAUGUAACUUAUCGCCGCGCUUCGCUGAAGGGGGAGUUUCCUGUGUCGCCGCAGGAAUGCCGGGUGGAGAAUAUGGGGAGCUUGGGGGCAGCCUCCCCGCCAUCGCCUCCCUCAAUGCCUCCUACUCGACCACGCUGUCCCUGCCGUCCCCGUACCUGUUCUUACCACCCACAGAACGCAAGGCCAUUUCUGACGUCCGCCGUACCUUCUGUCUGUUCGUGACCUUUGACCUCCUCUUCAUUUCCCUGCUGUGGAUUAUUGAGUUGAAUAUCUCCAACACAAUCUGGGAAAACCUAGAAAAGGAAGUCGUCCUUUAUAACUUCAAGUCUUCCUUUUUUGACAUAUUACUCCUUGCCGUGUUUCGUUUCCUGUGUCUACAAGUGGGUUAUGCUGCUUUUAAGUUGAAGCAUUGGUGGGUUAUUGCGAUCACCACUCUAGUGACCAGCGCCUUCCUUGUCGCAAAGGUCAUCGUGUCUAACCAGCUCCUCACCCAGAAUGCAUUUGGCUACGUGUUACCCAUCACAUCCUUCGUGGUGGCCUGGCUGGAGACCUGGUUUCUGGACUUUAAGGUUCUCACUCAGGAGGCAGAGGACGAGAGAGCCUAUUUAGCUGCUGUGAAUGCAGCCUGUGAACGGGCUCCCAUGAUCUACCCCCGCGCUGUUUCAGACGGACAGUUCUACUCUCCACCCGAAUCUGUUGCAGGCUCUGAGGAAGAUCUAGAUGAGGAGGGUCUCGGUCGCAGAGCUGUCACUGCUCAGGAGAAAGAGUACGUCAGACAGGGCAAGGAGGCCAUGUCAGUGGUGGAGCAGAUCCUAUCGCAGGAGGACAACUGGAAAUAUGAAAAGAACAAUGACAUGGGAGACUCUGUUUAUACUCUGGAGAUCCCCUUCCAUGGAAAGACUUUCAUUCUCAAGGCCUUCAUGCAGUGUCCCGCCGAGCUUGUGUAUCAAGAAGUGAUUUUGCAACCAGAGAAGAUGGUCCUCUGGAACAAAACCGUCUCCGUCUGCCAGAUCCUCCAGAGGGUUGAUGAUAACACUAUGGUAUCGUAUGAUGUCUCUUCUGGGGCGGCGGGGGGAGUCGUGUCUGCCAGGGACUUUGUUAAUGUUCGGCGAGUGGAGCGCAAACGGGACUGCUACCUGUCUGCUGGCAUGGCAACCGACCACGAUGCCAAACCUCCAAGCGGUCGCUACGUCAGAGGGGAGAACGGUCCUGGAGGGUUUGUGGUUCUCAAAUCCAGCAGUAACCCAUCUGUCUGCACCUUCAUCUGGGUUUUGAACACGGACCUGAAGGGUCGACUGCCGCGCUACCUCAUCCACCAGAGCCUCGCCGCCACCAUGUUUGAAUUCAUGACCCAUUUACGCCAACGGAUCGCCGACCUACCCUCUGUCCGAUCCCACCUCCACACCUAAGUCACCCGGGUGGGAGCCGUUACUACUGUGUUAUAAUUUUAUUUCUCCCUCGUGAUGCGCUUCAGCUGAAGAGAUGAGGAAACAUGGGAGACGUGACCAUGUUUAUCGCGUUUCACUGAUACGAGGAGGAGGAUUAUGGAUAUCGCAGACAAUGUCAUCCUUAAACUGAAGGAGAAAAAAAUGUAAGCUUCAUUACAUGCGUACUUUUGUGUGGGCCUGAAACUGUUUGCUGUGUGAGAACCUGUUGAAGCGUCCUAAGUCAAGAUGGAUGUUAAAAAAACAAGAAGACAUGAUGAUUUUUCACUGUGUGGACACUUGUUACAGAGGAACUGAUGCAAUAGCAUGACUGAAUUCUUGUUCUACAAGCAGCUGUCUCUCUGAGCCUUAACUUACUGCACAUUCGUAGUUGAUUUGCUGAUUUUUGUUUGGUAUGUUGUUGAUUUUUUUUUUGGUGCACCUGCUCUCAAACAGACCCACAUUCAGUUUCUUCUACAUGGUUUCACUGUUAAUAGAUGGGGAAAGUCAGUCACUACGCUGUAAUCACCACUGGAGGGAGACACCACUGAUCUAAGCGGUUAAAGCCUCUACGUUCGACAUCAUUACUUGUAUCAGGGUGCAAAUAUUUGGUUCAUUCUGCCUUUUGUUUUUACACUUCAAAUUAGCCAGAACAGUAAAACCAAGACUCAGAUCAGAAAGACAUCGACUCAUGUUGGAAAGGUUCAAAACGAGGGUGAAUUAGGAUAAAAAAUAAAUAAAUAACUGUCUCUGUGCCAAUAACCUCAAGUGGCCUUGUGGUAAAACAGCCGAACAUUUGUCAUCAAUAGUCGUACUGCUGUCAUCGUCAUUAGUUCCGGCCUCCCCUCAGGCUCUGAAAAGUGCCACUGAAUGAGGUUUUUCUGUCAUUUCUUGCAUGUUUUUUUUUUUAAAUCACUGAGAACGUUCACUACCAGCAUGUUUUACAUUUGGUCCAGACUGUGCAUCUCAGUGUUACAGUUUACCUCAAGAAAAUGACGAUUUAAUUUUAUGUGAUGGAAACUGACAAGAAGCGGGGGUCGUUGGUUAUUGGUUCAAGUUACUGCCCUUAACCAAAGGGAGAGAAUUAAUCCUCCUCGCGUCUAUUUAAAGCUCUGAACGAACACAUUAUGGAGUGUAACCGUGGUGCCGCAACUGUGAUUCACCACAGCUCGAUCACAACAAGGACACAUGUAAACAACUCAAUGCUUUUUACUUCGAUUCCCACAUAUUUGAGGAUCCAGUUUUCUCAUGAAGUUCUAAAAUGUGCAGUUAUUAGAUUUUUUUUUUUAAUCAUCUUUUUUCUUGCUGUAAAGUCUGAAUAUGAAAGUAAUAACAAUAUGGACAUUUUGGUGCCUUUAACAGAUGACGUUUCAGCCUUUUCUUUGGCUUUGCUUUAGUUUUGGCUAAACCAUACCUUCAGCUGUUCGCUUUUAAAGCUCGACUAAAACACUUCAAGUCUUGUUUUCUUCAAUAACAGUUUCUGAAUGUAUGUGUCAUGACUAUAGAUCAUUUAUAAAAUUUGUUAAUUUAAAGCCAUUACAUGACCAACUGUUUUCAUUAAGUCUUAACCAGAUUCUUAUGUCAAAUAAAAUGUUUACCCUCC